GUGUCUCUCGCUCCCUUGGCGUCCCCGGCGCCCUCGCCCGCCCCCGGCGCGGCCAUGGCGCGGAGCCUCGCCUGCUGGCUGGGCGGCUGCCUGCUGGUGUCAGCAUCGGGGCUGGUGCCACCUCCUGAAAAUGUCAGAAUGAAGUCAGUUAAUUUCAAGAACAUUCUACAGUGGACGUCGCCUGUUUUUCAUAAAGGGAAUCUGACUUUCACAACUCAAUACCAAAGUUAUAGGAAAUUCCAAGAUAAAUGCAAGAGCAUUACCUCGACCCAAUGCGACUUCUCAAAUCUUUCCAAGUAUGGCGACCACAUCUUGAGAGUCAGGUCUGAAUUUGCAGAUGAAUAUUCAGACUGGGUGAACAUCUCCUUCUGCCCUGUGGAUGACACCAUUAUUGGACCUCCUGCAGUGCAAGUAGAAGCACUUGCUGAUUCUUUACACAUGCAAUUCUUAGCUCCCCAAAUUGAGAAUGAACCAGAAACAUGGACCAUGAAGAACUUUUAUUCCUCAUGGACUUACAAUGUGCACUAUUGGAAAAAUGGAACUGAUAAGAAGUUUCAAACUACUCUUCAGUAUGACUUUGGGGUCCUCAGAAACCUGGAGCCCUGGACAAUUUACUGCAUUCAAGUUCAAGCAUUUCUUCUUGUUCGGAACAAAACUGGGGAAUGGAGUGAGCCUGUGUGUGAGCGAACAAUGGAGGAAACAAAGUUUUCCUGGGUGGUGGCCGUCGUGCUGAUAGCUUCGGUCUUCGUGGUGUUCCUGAUGUUCCUCGGCUGCUCUGUCUCCCUGUGGUACAUUUACAAGAAGACCAAGUACACCUUCUCCCCUGGGAAUUCACUUCCACAGCACCUGAAAGAGUUUCUGGGCAACCCCCAUCACAGCAAGCUUCUGUUCUUCUCUUUCCCGCUCUCGGAUGAGAACGAAGUUUUUGACAAAUUAAGUGUCAUUUCAGAAGACUGUGAAAGCAGCAAGCAGAAUCCUGGUGACAGCUGCAGCUUUGGGACUCCAUCUGGGCCAGGACCCCCGGAGCUCAUUUCCAAGGGGGAGACCCAUUUCCAAGGAGGAGACCCGUACGGGGACUCCCCACUUCUCUCAUCUGCCUCAGAGGGUGAUCAGAGUGACUGCCUGAGGAAACCCCAAAUCUAGAACUCCUACACGUGGACUUGUCCAAGGAGCUGAGCUUUGAAGGCUCAUGUGGCAAAAAUACUCCAUCCUGUGAACUCACCACUCCAAAAAGACUUUAAUGAUUAAAAAAGAAAUUGACUUAAAGAGUAUAAUUUUUAGCCUCUCGUACUCAUCAAAACAAGGAUCAUGUUUUAUUUGUGAGAAACAAAUAUUUAAAAUUAGAGAUGAAAUGGAGAUGGUAUGAAAUCCUACCAGAGUGCUGAUCAGCUAACCUAAAAACCAACCUCAACUCAAAAGUGGUCAGCACCACACUGGACAGACAUGAAUUUUUUUGGAUUUCAGGAAGACUUUGAUAUUUCUUUUUCUAUUUAUCUGUGUUUUAUGUACUGCAGGUGCUCUGUUAAAGUUUGAUUCUCUUAUCUAAUCUGUGUUUGUGUCAGUCAACUUCCUGUUAUUAUGACAAAGUACAUAACAUAAACAAGUUAAAAGGAGAAAAGGUU